CUUGCGGCGGUGCCUAGAAGCCGCGCUCGGCUUCGGGAGAGGCGCGCGGGGCUUCCGCCUCAGGUGUGUCCUCGCCUACAACUCCCAGGCACCUCGGCUGUGGGUGGCCUUUCCUUCUUCUCCACUCCCCCCGCCGCGCUGCCGGCCAGCUGGGAGAGCGCCAGAGCUGCUCCUUCCCUCAUUAGAGGCGGCGGCGGCGGCGGCGGCGGCGGCAGCAGCAGGUGGCUUCACCCUCCCGGGAAAGAGCGCCCGACGCCACCGCUGACUCUCUCUCUUCCCGCGCUGCGUCUGUCCGCGCUGAGGCGGGCAUGGGUGAGCCCGAGCUGAGCCAGGCUGCCGUGCUGGGCUUCCUGCGGGAGCGCGGCGGCAAGGUGCGCAAUUCGGAGCUGCUGAGCCGCUUCAAGCCGCUCGUGGAAGCGCCCGGCGGGGAGCCUGAAGCCCGAGCCGCCCUCCGAGAGCGGUUUAAGCACUUCGUCAACAACGUGGCCGUCGUGAAGGAGGAAGACGGAGCGAAGUUCGUGGUGCUGAGGAAGAAUUGGCGCCUGGAGGAGGCGGAAGUGAGCGCAGCGCCCGCUGGGGGGCGCUCUGGCGAGGAGGAGGAAGGAGAGGAAGGCUCGGUCACUUUGGCGCCUGCUUGCCAUGCCGGCCCAGAGGGUCCAGAGCAGGAAAGCGGGACUGAGGCGAGCCCAGCAAUGCCUGUGUCCCAGUUGAAGAGCCUGUUUCAAAAGGAGGGCAUGGAGGCACCCAAAGCCCCAGGGGACCAAGACAAGUUGGCUCCCAAAGCUGCCCCACAGAAACCCUGCAUGUUGCCCGUGCGCUGUGUGCUGCCUGCCAGUGGGGCCAAGGAGCCCAAGGACCUGAGCCCCGAGCCGAAGCAGCCCGAAGUCAAAGACUGGCUCCAAGUUGGGCUCCCGGCCGUUACCCCCUCUACGUCGCCUUACAUGAGAAGGCGUCAGCUUGAAGAGAUGGGGUCUAGCUCCCCUUACCUGAGGAGGGUGCCGAAGUCUCAGAAGGUGGGCGAGGAAGCGGACUAUCCCGCUACGACCAUCCCUUUGGAAGCCGCUGAGCACGAGUGGCUGGUGAAGGCCACAGCCGGCCAGUGGUCCCAGCAGCUUCACGGCCUGCUGCUGAGCGACAAAAACCUGGCGAGCAAAAGGGACUUUAUGACCGGCUUCACCGUUCUGCACUGGGCGGCCAAGAGCGGGAACUGCGAGAUGUUGGGUAAAGUCAUCGAGGUGGCCGAGAAAGGUGGCGCUCAUGUCAACGUGAACUCCAAGUCCUACGGCGGUUAUACCCCGCUCCACAUCGCCGCCAUACAUGGGCAAGAGGAAGUCAUCGCCCAGUUGGUCAGGGAUUACGACGCCAACGUUCACCUGAGAGACUACAGUGGGAAGAAACCGUUUCAGUAUUUGAAAGAGGGCUCCUCUUUUGCAGUCAGGCACCUCUUGCGGGACCCCCACCUUCACACGGUCUCUGGACACAACGCCUCCAUCAAGAAGAACCCCAAAGUGGCAGCUUCCAUUUUGAGUUCCACUAGUGCUGUCCUGGGGCUUUUGUCUGAUGACACUGCUUUCUAUGAGCUGACCAAAGGCUUAAAGAAACCAGCUACGCUCAAUAAGUUCUUUAAUGCAGCCUCGGCUCCAAGGAGGAAGCUGAAGUCCAGAGGGACUUUCUCAUCCUAUUCUUCCUUGUCUGAGGCAGUGGAAGAUGACCAAGAGGAAGCAACGACAAAACGCAGACCAGUUUCAGAGUUGUUUUUUGGUCACUAAGCUCUGUCUCCCUGAAAUCAAAAUAUGAAUACUGAAGCAGGCAUGUGUUGCUUAUUCUUUCGCAGAAAUACUUCUGCUUUUGUGUUUUUAAAUGUGUUUCUCAUUAGCAUGUCUAAUCCAGGGACUGAAUGGAUUCUCUAUAGGGUUGUAUCUGAAUACCAGUUGAAUUCAAUAUUCCUGAAUAUGAUCUUUGCCUCAUACAUUUCACUGAAAAUAGUUUUGCUCAGCAAAAAUUACCCUUACUAAAUCCAUGUGACAUUUCAUGCAGGGCUUGGUUUGUUUUCUUUUGUUUUAGUGAGUGAGUUUAAUGUGAGACCCUUAUUUUGUUUAGACUCUAUUAAGUGAUGGAAGUUCCAUUAAAACUGAAUGAAUUAUCGGUAAGUAACAGUGCAGUCCCAGACACAGAAGUAAGACGCAAACCAAUGGGACGUAUUCCCAGGUGAGUUUGUAUAGGAUUAAGACUCUGUCUUGGGAGUAAGGAAGUCCCAUGGAAUACAGUUGGCUUCCUUUUGAGGAAGCAUGAAUAGGAUUGAGUUGCAUGUCUGAAAAGGACAGGAAUAAAAAUGUCAAUUUCAGAUAGAUGCAUAUAAAGCAGUACAUCUUGAAACAAACACUAUGUUCAGUUCACGGCAUGCACAUUUUUUAAAGAACAAAAUGUUUCCUUUAUAGCCUCUAAAAACUUGUGAUCUGGGAAUGAAAAGCAUUUCAGGGAGGUUCUUUGCAUCCCAUCCAUGCCUGUCAUCACAGAUUAAUGAGUUAAUUAAAGGAAGUGCUGCCUUCCUAAUGCUGUGCCAUAUUUAGUAUUAAAAACAUUGAACGUGUUCU